GCACGUUUAAGUCCGAGUCCGAAGACAGGCUUGGAUUUCUCGAUGAAGUACCGGUCCAACGUGCUGCCAAGCUGCUGAGUUUACCGGUGGAGGAUCUGAAGAAGUGCAUGCUCGUGCGCAAGAUUACAGUAGGGCGUGACGUGAUGGAGUCUCCGCAACGCCAAGAGCAGGCGAUCGCCAGCCGGGACAGUUUGAGCAAAUGUCUCUACAUGCAGCUCUUCGCUUGGGCCGUGGAUACCAUCAACCGCACGCUGUAUGUCAGCGAUUCGCCGAGGGCACAUGACAAGCAGAGGCAGUGCCUGGGUAUACUCGAUAUUGCCGGCUUCGAAUGCUUCGAUCAUAACUCCUUGGAGCAACUUCUGAUCAACCUAUGUAAUGAACAUCUCCAGCAGUUCUUCAACACUUUCGUUUUCCGGUCGGAGCUGGACGAUUAUGAGAAGGAAGGCUUGAAGUUUCAAUGCGACGUGAGCUUCACUGACAAUGCUGACGUGCUUCAGCUUGUUGAUGGUCGCGGCGGUUUGCUGGAUAUGCUAGACGAGGAGGUCGUGAUGCCGAAAGCCACUGAUGAAUCCUAUGUGUCCAAAGUGAAAGCAGGUCACUCAAAGCAUCAGUGCUUCGUUCUCUCGAAGAUCAACAGCCGAGUCAAGUUCGGAGUGAAGCACUUCGCAGGCGAAGUGACAUACAACUGCGAGGGCUUUCUGCAAAAGAAUGCGGACAAGCCGCCGGACGACUUCAUGAAGCUGCUGUCAGUCUCAGAGCUUGACCUCCUGAAGCAACUGUCGAUGGAUCCUGGGCAGGAGGCUGCCACGCCUGCGAAGGCCUCCAGCCGGAAGCCGAAAUCAACGUCAUCCAAGUUUCGUUCCUCCCUGCGGACCUUGGUUGGCAAGAUCAGCUCUUCGGACCCACAUUUCAUCAGGUGCAUCAAGCCCAACUCUCAGAAGGUUCCUGGCCAGUUUGAUUCACGGAUGGUGCUGGAACAGCUGCUGUUCAGCGGCGUCUUGGAAGCAGUUCACAUCCGUCAGCAGGGCUACGCGUCGAGGCUGUCGUAUGUCGACUUCCUGAGCAGGUAUGCCAGCCUGGCCGCGUCCAGUGCGCAUCAGAGGAAUGCCAGCGAACUGGCCAGUCACUUGAACGAGAAGCUGUCUCUGGACAUUGAAGUCGGCAAGACCAAGGUGUUCAUGAAGGCAUUUGCAGCCAGCUCCCUGGAGAAGCAGCGGGGACUGAAGCGCGCGCAAAUGGCCACCAAGCUGCAGGCCAUCGUGCGAGCGAGGUUCGCCAGGAAUCGCUUUACUGCAACACGAGCUACGAUGAAGGCACUCAUGGACUGCUUGAGGCGGAUUGGUUGGGACAGUCGCAAACCUGAGAAGAAUCAGCCCAUACCUCUGUUGGGGAAGCUGGGUACAGAGGCCAGGGCAUUCUUGGGAGACUUGGAGCACGCUGAGAAAGCUCUGCCGCAUCUACCCUGCUCGGACAGACUGCGAUCUGUUUCGCAGGCUGCGUCCAGCCGCCUUGCAAAGGAGCUGCAGUGCAUGGAGCAACUGGAGGCUUUAGCAAAAAGCACAGAUGCCGUGGAGAUCGAGAAAGCCUUAGCCAGAGCCACCUCCUUGCAGCUGCCGCCGACGAGCUUGACGCAGGAGCACCUUCCGCUCCGCUGCAAGGCGCUUCAGGUUCAAGUGCCGCUGGUGGAGGCCCUGCGCUCGGCAUCGGAUGAAAAGAAUCUGGAGUCUCUUAUCCGCAUCAUUGAAGAGGCGAACAAGAAGGGCUUCAAGCUGGAUCCGACAGGUUGGCUACCCGAACUUGCAGUCGGCGAAUUGCUCCGACAGGUGGAUGCCCAGCGCCUGAAGCACGAAGCGCAACAGAAACUAGAAGCGGAGACCAGGCAGCGGCAGGAGCAGCAGCAGCGGCAGGAGCAGCAGCAGCGGCAGGAGCAGCAGCAGCAGCAACAGCAGCCGCCGCCACUUCAUGCCCAACCUGCACCAGCCGCAACCAUUCAGCCAACACCUGUGCAUACAUCCAGCACAGAAGGUGUGCUGCAUGUGGGGCGUUUGCCCACCACGGCACCUCCACAAAGUGCAUCGCUUGGCCAAGCUGAUGGCAAGGGGUCUACAGCUGAAAGACGGCGCCGGCCAACGAUUACAGGAUUCAGCUCCUUUCAGCAGACGCAACUUCUUGCUACGGGCUGUUUGCAGUGGAGCGCUGCUAGCCUGCGAGCUGCUGCGGAGAACUUGGACUCAGCCGGACCAGCCGGCUUGGAGCAGCUGCUCCAAGAGGCCACGCGCAACGGCAUCGAGGAGGCCGAGCUUCAGGAGUACCACAAGAAGAUGUGCGAUUUGCAGAACGAGGCCUUCCUUCGGCAGGCUGUGGAACAAGUUCUGGAGGAGGUCAAGGCAGAGUGUCCUCCACCGAAUGCACUGCAAAAGCUGCAGAACUUGUCACACCAGCUGCGAGUGUUGCACGGGGAUGCCGAGCUCAUCAGAUCAGCAUCGCAAGCAGUGCGGCAGGGAACUCGGCGGCGAACGAAAAGCAUCGCCCCAGCUCGAGACGGCCGCCGGGCAAGUGCCUUCGAUGUCAAGAGCUCGGAGGAGCUGCGAGUGGCCUGCGAAGCCUUCAGCGACCUCAGCUCUUUCUCCAAACUGAAGAACGAAGGCGCAUGGAAGGGCCAUCGAAGCAGCCUCCAGUUGGAGUUGGCUCCUUUCGCUGGGAAGAUGCUGGGCCAUUCGAAGGUGACAAUCGCCGAGUCGCUGACACACCUGCCAAAGUCGCGCGAGGCUGCGGCCAUUCAGACCUUCCGAAACAUUCUAGUUUGGAUGGGGGAUCGCCCAGCACAAGAGUGCCAGCGCAUCGCAAGUGUUGGCCUCAGCAUGCCGAUGGUUAGUUCAGAUCCGUUCAUGCGCGAUGAAACCUUCGUUCAAAUCUUGAAGCAGCUCAGUGGCAAUCCAUCAGCCCGCUCCGAGUGGCUGGGUUGGCAGCUGCUCCUGCAGCUGUGCCAUACCACACCUCCAAGUGACGAGCUGGACGAUUUCGUGCGCUUCUUUUGCGCUCAGAAAACGAGUGCGGCGCCCUUGAGCUCUGGCGAUGCACGUGCCCUGGAGCUCGAAAGACUUGCCAGAGAAUGCUUGGAGGCAUUGACGGCUGCAGCACCCACCAAAGGCACAGAUGAUGAUACGUCUGGAGACAUGGUCGGUGUGUUGGUGUACUUGAUAGACGGCUCUUCACAGAAUUUGUUCGUGCCGGUGGCAACGACUCUCAAAGAGAUGUCUUCCCUAAUGGGAAGCAGAGUCGGUGUGAAGCACUGGCGGGACUUUGCAUUCUUUCAAGCGACUGGCAAGGCUGAGUCGCUCAGGAUGCUUCCAGACAUCCUUCCCGUAUCGGAGCUGAUCAGCAUGUGGCAGAAAAUACGCGAAGCCACUGGCUUGGCAGGCCACCUGCACUGGCGGCGGCGGUUUCUGUUACCUCAGGAGAUGCUCCAGGCUGGAGAUCUGCAUCACGCGGCUCUCACGUUUCGACAGGCUGUGCGCAGCCACUUGCACCGGCCUGCUCCGUGUCAGGCUGGGGGCGAGGCCGAGGAGAUGAUGACGGCCGCGGCCCUUUUGUGGUUGGAGAGUUAUAACCCAUUGCAACAGAUCAAGGAUAACGACAGGCUUGUUCACGAGCUCCUGAAGGGGCAGAUGAGCGGCCUGAAACCGACGCAGCAAGAUGCUGUCAAGCAGCGCCUGCAAGCAAAGGUCAAGGACUUGCGAAAGGAGUAUGGGCCGCGGGUUCCGCAACUGCAACGUAUGACGAGGGCUUUUGCCCUAAUGCGCUGCUUUCCACAUUUUGGCACCCAGCACUGGCCGGCGAAAGGGAUCUCUGCAGCCAAAGUUUAUGCUGCGGGAACCAUGGCGGUAAGCAAUCCGCCAGAGAAGUAUUUGGCGCUGCACUUGCGCCAGACGGAGCCGGAGCUUUGGAUUUUCGUCGAUACCUUCGGCUUGCACCUGGCUCCGGCGCUGGCCAGUCACACAAAUGGGGCAGCGCUCUGGAGCUUUCUCUUCCAAGACACCACUUCAGCGUCUGGCGACAGCGAAGUCCAGGAUGACGCUUUGAACUCGCCCUCAAGCGCGUUCCGCAGGAGAUCGCUAAGCGAGCUGGUAGCCGAUGACAGUGCCACUACGCCGUCUGCAAGACGCAACCUUCGACUGCACAAUCAAUGUGGACGGUUGCUUCGAUGGGGUGCCAAGCCCGGUGCGCUGCAACUUGUU